GUGAAAUCGUUUCGGUAAAUAAAACACACUCUGGGCAAUCAAUGAAGAAGAAUACUCCCAACAAAUCUCUGAUGUAAACGCCCCCGGAUAAAAUUUGAUUCACAUGAUAUACAGCGCCAUGAUCAAACUAGUGAUACAGUGCGUUGCGUGCAUAAUGUGUAGCUCGGAAGGGGGUUGGUUAACUGGAGGCUCGUGCGUGUAUUAAAACAUUGUGGUGGUGCUUAGAGUAACUAGAGGGAGUAGCACUGGAGGAUAGCGCAGAUUGAUUGAGUUCGAAAGACGUUUGCUCUUCGCGUUUGUUGAGAUUAAGGAUAAAAUGGCAGAAAAGCAAGCAUACAAUCAGCCCAUGGUGGUGGUCGGCCAGCCCGCUUAUGUCGAGGCGGACUACACCAUUCCUAGAGCCAAGGUCCCCGGCAUUAUGAUGCUUGUUAUUGCUUGUUUCAAUGGGAUCGGCUUCCUUGUCGCCGGAAUCUUGACAGGAGCUUUUGGUGGAGUAAUAGAACUUAUCGUCGCAUUCUUGCUGUAUGGCUUGGUUGGUUUCCUUGCUACAUAUGCUGCGUUCAAGCAACAGAAAGGACAGGCAUGUGUAGUGGCAAUGAUCAUAUUUGCCGUCUUUGCAUUGGUUAACUCCUUUGGUCAGCUCAUUUACCGUGCCGUAUGGAUUUUAACCGGGACUCUCCUGGCCGUUCAUGGGGGUGGACAAUUGUCUGUACUUAUCCUGAUCAUAUCGUGCAUCGCCGCGUUCUUCGCCAUCCUUGUGUUCAUUCUGACCAUCGUCCUGAUAGUCUUUGGAAGCAAGGUUGUCUGUCAGUGCUGCGGAGCCCCGUCCCAGGCAAGCGGUGGUGUCAUCUACCAGGCUGCUCCAAGCGGCCAACAGGCCUAGAAGGUCCAAAUCACCGGAUGUUGGAAUGGAAUUCCUGGAUUGAUGUAAAGAUUUCCUAAGUACAGAUAUACUGGGUCGAUCUUUUCACCUGUUUUCUAUGUGUAUUAGAUUGAUUAGUAUUAGUAUUAGUAUACACGUAUUAGUUUCCGUGAUGACUUCAUCCAUUGCGCAGGCCGGAAGACUGAUGUAUAGUAUGAAGGGUUAAAGGAUAUACAUUAUGUGUUCAUUACAGCUUACAACAUGGCACUUGCAACAUCGCUUAGAUAAUCUAGAAAUUAGAUAGGCAAGCAAUGAUGUUGCUAUGUAGAAACGGUCGAAGUAAAACAAAGCAAAACAGGCAAAGAAUACCAGUAGCAUGUUUUGAUUGUUGUCCCCAAACCAUCCUAAUACAGGUCCACCAAGAAAGAGCGAACACUGGUUCUCUCUCACUUAUAUUGAGAUAGGAAUUUACGGUCCAUAAUGUGUCUUUUUUCAAUCUGCCAACAUUCUAUCACCUUGCUUGAGCUGACGAUAAAUCUUUAGGUAGUCUCAGGUUCAAUUUGUGCUUGAUUAUAGUUGUCUAAUUGUAUGGAAAGAAGCAUUGAAUGUAUGUGGUAGUUAUUUUCAGUUAACCAUUUCAUAAAUGAAUGUGGUGUGGUGUUGGGUGUUGAAUGAUGUGUGGGACUAUAUACGUGGUAUAUUUUAUGAUCAUUACUUUUCUCAAGUCUGAGAAGGAAGAAAAAGAUUUCUACCAAGUAAUACACUGGAGAUUCGUCUUCAGAUUUUGUGCUAUUUUACAAUAAUAACAGUUGAAGACUGUAUUGCCCUGCCGUGUUUUACCGCUACUAGUAAUUAGCAGGCGGAAGCACCGAUCCUUUAGUUGUCAACAUGUUUUCAUCGUAGAAUUCCCACUAGUUUUCAAAAUAUGAUGCCGAAACAACUACCUGGUCUCUCUUCAAGCCCCCCUCCCCCCACCGAAAAUGUUUUACGCCAACAUGACUUACAGGCAGGUGUUGCAUUUGAGUAAUACUGCUAGUGCUGAUUUUAUUCAAUUGUGACCAGAUGAAUACUGCGCCCUCGGCCUCGGCUCCAGUGGACGCCGUUGCUGCGUAGAACUGGCACACUUGGCGCCAGUGUAGUCUCAUCCGUCUGGUUGUACCUGGUAACCAUAGACGGGUUGGCUGGGCUAAUGCAUAAUUGGCAGUGAGUAUUACUGUGUAAUAUUUCAGAGUUUUAUUAGACAUCGCGACAAUUCCAAUGCAUUUUACACAAUAUAUUUCACGGAAGCGUGUCCUUUGUAAUAACAACGUGCGAAGAUACACACGAGACGCCAGAAACAGAGCUUCUUUUUUAAUACUAGUGCGUGUACAUGUACAUGUAUAUCAAAAUGUCCUGUUCUAUUGUUGAUAGAUUUUUAAGAAGUUAGAAACAUAUUAUGUCUUUACAGGAUGUUCUUAAUCGUUGUAAUUUACUUGUUAUAUAUGAAUAUAUAUCUAUGGUAGCUAUAAACAUGGCAUUUUAGGCCACACCAAUUUGAUUCUACAUGUAGGUUGUCAAUUACGGUAAUCUCUCACCCCUUAGCCUGAUGCUCCCCUAGUGACACUUUUAUUAGUUAAAAAUCAAUUUGACCAUUUUUGAAAAGUUACCAUUGCAGUAAUAACGAGUAUGAAAGACAAAAAACAUCAUACUUCUCUGAUUGUAUCAAUUAAUCUGAAACAGUUUUGGUUGAAGAAAAGAUAUAAUAUUGUCUGCGUUUUUGCAUGCAUCAAUGUCCGCAGUUGGUGGUCGAAUAUGUCACUGGGAGCAUCCCGUGUUGGGGUUAAACGAUUAAUGUUAAGCGAACAAUCAAUUUGGCGAGGUCGCAGCACAUUAACAUGACAUGUAUGUUUUGAUGUUGAAAGCACAACAUGGGUGAACUUGUAAUUUUCUUCGCAACUGAAUUAUAGGAGCUAUGUUUCGAGGGUUUCACGAUUUCGUUUCAAAUCGACGUUUUUGCCUUUAUAUGUUGGAUACUCCAGGGUGGUACCAUUAGGCGAUAUUAUCUAUGUUUUCCGUCCGUAAUGGGCUUAUUUUCAUUAAAUUUCUUUAUUUUGUCAUCAGUCUCUUCGAGAACGAUUAAGCGGCGCAAUGUUCGCCACUACGACACUACCGUCCGAACGCUCACACUGUCCUGACGAAGUCCAGUGUAAUUCACGGUGCCUGAGCCCUAUUUUAGGGCGUAAUCAUAAGUGGCUAGAUGGGACUUCUUCAGUGGCACAAGUAAGGUCUAGAGACGAUCACAAAACACUUGAUUGCAAAAAUGUCACCAUUUCAUUCUCCUUUGAAGAUAUUACAGUGAACAAUGUUGUUAGUCUUAGCCUAUUUACGCUAUUUUAGUUGACUGCAAAUGGGAACCUUUGAUUGGUUGUAUAAACUUCCCCAUAGAUCCCUCCUCGGCAACUAGAAAGUCUGUAUUUUUCAUUGAACACUUUGGUAAAAAUUAUAUUUGAAAGCAGUCGAGAACAACAUGUCAUUUUACAAAAUUUGUAUUUUUGUAGUCUAUACGUCUCCCUGUAAUCAGCUCUAAGAGCGUUCUGAGUCUCAUGAGUAGAAGUGCAUCAGUGGCAUUAUAAACAACAAAUCGUUGUUACAACAUGUUGGUAGUAUUUUUACCUCAACUUUCAUAUACAUUUCUAUGUUUUUAAUGAUUUUAAUUCCAUUUUGUAAUUUAGUCGCAUGAGAUGAAUCUAUGCACUGAUAUUUGUCAGGGAAUCGUAACCAUGAUUACUCGUCUGUCUUAUCUGGAUAUUUAAUAUGUAACGUUAAUAAACUUUCAGAGUGAAUAAAA